UUAAGGCUGGAGAGUGACACGGGGGCUCCUCGUCCGCCGCGCGGCCGGCAUGCCGCGGGGGUGACCGCCGCGCCGCGCUCGAGGGACGGCGCCCGCCCCGCCGGGGCUGCGGGACGGGGCGCCCGGGGCGCCCUGCCUCCUCCUAGUUUUUCUUUCCUUUCCUCUUCUUAUUUUAUUUUUUUUCCCUGGGCGGUGCGUUUAUCCCCUGCCCGCGACCGAGCAUGGAGCGGUACGACGAGGACGUGGCCCUGAAAGCCAGCAAGUUCCUGGAGGACCUGUCCCUCUACGAGCCGAGCCCGGAGGGCGCGUACGGCCGGGGCGGCCGCCGCGACCUGCCGCUGCACGCCGACCUGGAGGAGACCAAGCGGGUCAUCGCGGCCCACAUGACGGCGGAGCAGAGGGGCCGCAAGGCCAACGGCGCCGCGCCGCCCGCCGACGCCUUCCCCGGCGGCAAAGCCUACGCGCCCGGCGCGCCGCUCCGCGCCGCCGCCGAGCCGCCGCCGGCCGCGGGGCCGCCGUGCUGCGAGGAGGGGCUCUGCACCCGCUCCGAGGUGGCGCUGCCCUGCUACAGCGGCUUCGCCGACAAGGGCAAGCGCUACUCGGCCGAGGGCUACCGCUGCGGCGCCUACGAGGCCGGCUACGUGGCCAAGGGCGGCGGGCGGGCGCCCGACGGCAAGUACGGCGCCGCCAGCCCGCGGGCCAGCCUGGCGGUCGCCGCCUCCCCCGGCCCCGAGCACGGCAAGUUCUCCAGCCCCCGCUCCAGCCUGGGCGGCGCGGCCGCGCUGCCCUACGACAAGUUCUCCAGCCCCCGCUCCAGCCUGGUGGUGCCCGGCGCGGACAAGUACGGCAGCCCCCGCGCCAGCCUGGUGCAGUACGACGGCGCCGCCCUGAGCCCCCGCUCCAGCUACGCCAGCACGGCCAGCGACACCAGCAAGCACUCCAGCCCCCGCGCCAGCCUCACCAGCUACGACGGCGGCAGCAAGCCCAGCAGCAACCGCACCAGCGGCAUCAGCAUGGGCUACGACCAGCGGCACGCCAGCCCCCGCUCCAGCACGGCCAGCCAGUACUCCGGCACCACCAGCCCCCGCUCCAGCUACUCGGACUCCAGGUACGGCCCGCCGGGCAGCGCGGAGCCGGACGCGGCGGGCGCCGCCGGGCUCUCCGUGGCCAGCCCCCGCUCCAGCGUGUGCGGCGCCGAGGGCUCCGGCGCCGGGCGCGGCGCCGCCGUGGUCAGCCCCCGCUCCAGCAUCUCCAGCCAGAGCUCGCGCAGCUCGCGGGGCUCCAUGAGCGCCUACCCCGAGCUGCAGCUGCCCUCGCCCCGUGCCUCCCUGCUGGGGCCGAGCCUGCAGGACGACGGCGCCGCGCCGGAGCUGGCCGACGUGUACCACAAAAUCCGUGCCCAGUCCCCGCCGCGGCGCGAGCAGCAGCAGCCGGCCGCGCCGGCCCCCGACGCGGCUCCCCCCUACACCUACAGCCCGACAAAAGGCUCCGCUUCGGCUCCAAAAUUCAAGCUUCCCUACCAGGUGACCCCGUGCCGGGAGAGCGGCCCCAGCCAGGCGGAGAGGCGGCUGGAAGCGCUGACGCUGGAGCUGGAGAAGGAGCUGGAGAUGCACAUGAAGAAGGAGUACUUCGGUAUCUGUAUAAAAUGUGGAAAAGGUGUAUAUGGCGCGAGCCAGGCUUGCCAAGCGAUGGGUAACCUCUAUCAUACCAACUGCUUCACGUGCUGCUCUUGUGGGAGAAGACUACGAGGAAAAGCAUUCUACAAUGUCAAUGGUAAAGUGUACUGUGAAGAAGACUUCCUAUAUUCAGGUUUUCAGCAAACAGCGGACAAGUGCUUUGUUUGUGGACAUCUCAUAAUGGAAAUGAUAUUACAGGCUCUUGGAAAGUCAUACCAUCCUGGCUGCUUCCGCUGUGUGGUAUGUAACGAAUGUUUGGAUGGAGUCCCCUUCACUGUAGAUGUGGAGAACAAUAUCUACUGUGUCAAAGACUAUCACACGGUUUUUGCACCAAAAUGUGCUUCCUGUAACCAGCCGAUUCUACCAGCACAGGGCUCCGAGGAGACCAUUCGAGUGGUAUCAAUGGACAAAGACUACCACGUGGAAUGCUAUCACUGCGAGGAUUGUGGUUUGCAGCUCAAUGAUGAAGAAGGCCAUCGUUGUUACCCAUUAGAGGGCCACUUGCUCUGCCACAGCUGUCACAUUAGGCGCCUUAAUAUUAAAUUGCCAUCACAUCCACCGCCGAGCUAUCCAAUGCAUGUGACAGAACUCUGAAAGACAUUUUCCAUUACCAUAAGCUGUAUAAAAGAGAAGACAGAAAAAUCUAAAAAAUGACUUUCACGUUCCCUUAAAGAUGAGAUUCCUAUAAUAACCAUCUAAACCAGCUAUUUAUUUUUUAAAUCAGAGGUGAGGGGUCCUUUCUGAUCUUGUACAUACACAUUCUUUUACCUAGGUGUUUUCACUGAGACACUGUCUACUUGAAUAAGUAAUGCACCACUAAAUGUAACUAUAAAUGACAGCAUUUCUAAAAACAGUGGUACAAAGGGCUGUUCUGCACUCCCCAUUCACUUUUCUUCAAUGGAGGUUUUGCCCAAGUAAGGAAUGUAGAAUUACUACCCAAAAGUUAGCACCUUAUCAUAUUGCAGCAAGCAUGAUAAGAUAAAUGCUAGCACUUUAGCUAGUUUCAUUGUAUUCUGGUCUUAGAGAAUACAGUCUCAUGUUUUUAAAAACUUAAAUUCCCAGAAAUAGUGAAUAGGAAAGCAAAUGAGUAUUUUUAGCAACAAAAAUUUUCAGCAUGGGUUAAAUAAUGAUAUUCUAUGAAGACACUUCAGACCAACUUUUUAUCCUGCUGCAUUCCACAGUCAUCCAAAGACUACAGCUUGUUAAAGAAAUAUUGUAAGCAUCUCACAUAGAAACCACAAUAAAAGAAUGCAUCCAUUUGAAGAGUUAAAAUAUUGGUACAUGCAGGGUUGUAACAGUUUAAGAAAGUUACAGACCUCUGCAAUUACCUGCCAUGUACAAGAGUUUCCAUGGUUUCAAAACACAUUCAUAUUGACUUGAUUUGGCACUUACUAAAAAAAUUCGUUUUUAAACCUGUUCUUUCGUUAAUAAGGUUAGCAGCCCCUUUGGCUAUGCAAAGUUACACUUGUCUUUAUGCUACUUGUUUUAUACAACACUUCAUUUGUUACCAACUGCUUUACAAUUGUAUGUUAAAACAUUAUAAAAAAGGGCAGGGGAAGUGGUUUUGUAUUAUCUUUGCAGCUUUGUGUUCUUUUCUAGAUGUACUUUUGAAAUGAUUACAGUGAUUGUCUUCAGCUGAAAACAAAGUACAAUUUAGCAGAAACAAUAAUUUAGAAAGACAAUUGAAACAUUGGUAUUUUAUAACAAGUAUUAGAUGUACAUAGAAUGUACACACUUUCAUAUUUUGCAUAAGCUUUUACAGUAACCUCAGAGCUCUGGGGAAAUAUAUGUCUUCCAUAUAGGAAGUUAGAUGAAUUUUUUUAUGGUUUGUUUUCUACCAUGUGUUGAUGAUUUACAUGCAAAUCACACAUCUGUAUGUUUAAAAAAUUCCUUGCAUUCUCAUGAGAAUUGAUCCAGCCUUCCUGAAUUUAUAUUUUAAAUAAAUCCAUCAUUGCUGUCUUUAA